AUGAUGAGACGGAGUGUGUUGGUGGUGUUGGGCUUGCUGGUCGGUUCGGCCUACAGCAGCUGCCUCGGCGGAGGCUGUAGUGGAGGAUCCUCUGGUGGCAUCAGCCGUUCCUACGGAGGACCCACUAAUAGUUUCGGAGGUUCUGGGGGAGGAGGAUCCAUCAGAGGAGUAUCAUUUGGAGGAGGUUCUGGAGGUGGCGGUGGAGGAGGAAUAAGUACCAGUUAUGGAGGACCAACUAAUAACUUCGGUGGAGGAGGGGGUGGCAGUGUGUCCUUUGGGGGAGGUGGAUCCUUCGGAGGAGGAUCUUUCGGAGGUGGUGGCGGAUCCUUCGGUGGUGGGUCCUCUGGAGGAAUAAGUACAAGUUACAACGGACCAAGGACCAGCUUCGGAGGAGGUGGCCGUGGAUCUGUCGGAGGGGGUAGAGGAUCCUUCGGCAGAGGAUCCUUCGGAGGAGGAUCGUUCGGCGGAGGCGGCGGUCGCUUCGGUGGCGGAUCUUCUGGCGGUGGUUUCGGCGGCGGAGGAGGAUCCUUUGGCGGGGGAGUGAGCAACACUUACAGUGGCCCAAGCAAUAACUUCGGAGGCUCUGGCGGAGGCGGUGGAGGAGGGACUACAUGCAAAGAGGACACGCCACGAAGGAUCGCCACCACCUCCGAAAGAUCCUCCUCCGAAGGAUCCACCUCCCCCAAAAGACCCACCGCCCCCUGCCUCUCCACCGAAGUUAUGGUUGCGUCCUCUAUAACUGGUACUUAUCCGCCUCCACCGCCAAAACUCAGAAGCCGCUCCAAAGGAUCCUCCCCCGAAGGAUUCCUCCUCGCAGGAUCCUACCCCAAAGGAUCUCCGAAGAGAUUCCUCACCUCUCCAGAACCUCUGAAGCUAUUAGUGGAGUCCUCCGGUAGGAACGCCUGA